AUGAACCCAAACAGAGCCGAAGCGGAACGCUUGCUUGCCAUCGGCGAGAAGCUGCUCCAGAGUCGCGACCUGAGCGGCUCACGCGACUUCGCUAUUCUCGCGCAGGAAGCCGAGCCGCUCCUCGACGGCUCCGAUCAGAUCCUUGCUAUCGUCGACGUCCUCCUCGCCGCGGAGAAGCCGAUCCACAACGGCCACCUCGAUUGGUACGCCAUUCUCCAAGUGGAUCGCACGUGCCAGGACCUCGAUCUCGUAAAACAACAGUACCGCAGACUCGGUCUUCUCCUUCACCCUGACAAGAACCCUUUCUCCCUCGCCGACCACGCUUUCAAGCUUGUCAUCGAUGCCUGGGCCAUUUUAUCCGACCCGGUUCAGAAAGAUUUGUACGACCGAGACGUCACGGCUUCAGCCGAACCGGCGAGUUUCUGGACCGCGUGUCCGUAUUGUUAUUUUCUCUUCGAGUACCCUGCGCCUUGCGAGGGGCGUUGCCUGAGGUGCCAGAAUUGCGAGAGAUCGUUUCAUGGGCUUUCGAUUCCGUCGCUCCCCCCUCUAGUACCGGGCCAGGACGCCUAUUAUUGUAACUGGGGGUGCUUGCCCAUGGGCUUUGUGUUUGGAACUCCGGACUCCAAUGGGCCUGAUCCCGGACCCGGAUCCGAACCUGGGUCCAUGGUCGAGAAUGGCCCGAAGGUUGUUUCGAAUGGGGCUGCUUCGAAAUUGGGUUCCGGUUCUAUGCGGAAGCGCGGAAGGCCGCGAAAGGGGGUGUGA